AUGGGAAAGAAAGCUAUCCAAUUUGGCAGCGGCAACAUUGGCCGUGGCUUUGUCGCCGAGUUCCUGCACCAGUCUGGCUACGAGGUCGUCUUCAUUGAUGUCGUACAGCAGAUCAUUGACUCCUUGAGCCAGAGCGAGUCCUACCAGGUGACUGAAGUUAGCGACGAUGGCGAGAGCACCAAGACUAUCACCAAUUACCGUGCCAUCAGCUCCAAGACCCACGAGCCAGAGGUCGUCAAGGAAAUCGCAACUGCUGACGUCGUCACCUGCGCCGUCGGUCCAAACAUCCUCAAAUUCAUUGCUCCCGUCAUCGCCAAAGGCAUUGACUCUCGUGAGGGAGACAAGCCGCUCGCUGUCAUUGCUUGCGAAAAUGCCAUCAACGCUACCGAUACUCUGCGUGGCUUUAUCGAGGAGCACCUCGACAAGUCCCGCCUAGACAGCCUCCCGAAACGUGCUCGCUUUGCCAAUUCUGCUAUCGACCGUAUCGUGCCCACCCAGCCUGAAAACGCCGGACUCAAUGUUCGCAUCGAGAGCUUCUACGAAUGGGUCGUCGAGCAGACGCCGUUUGGUGAAUACGGCCACCCGGACAUUUCUGCAAUUCACUGGGUCGACCACCUCGAACCGUACAUUGAGCGCAAGCUCUUCACUGUCAACACCGGUCAUGCUACUGCUGCUUACUUUGGUUACAAUGCGGGCAAAAAGACAAUUCAUGAGUCUCUAGCUGACAAGGACAUCCACAAGGCUGUGCAUGAUGCUUUGGAUGAAACUGCUGCUUUGAUUGUUGCCAAGCACGGGAUUUCUAAAGAGGAGCAGAAAGGGUACGUUGACACCAUCGUCAAGCGUAUCUCGAACCAUUACCUCGAAGAUGUUGUGGAGCGUGUUGGUCGUGCUCCCCUCCGCAAGCUCUCACGCAAGGAACGCUUCAUCGGCCCGGCUGCUCAACUGGCCGAACGUGGCUUGAAAUUUGAUGCUCUGUUGGGUUCUCUCGAGAAAGCCCUACUCUUCCAGAACGUGGAAGGGGAUGAAGAGAGCGUGGAACUAGCCAAGAUCCUCAAGGAGAAAUCUGCCGCCGAGGCUACUCUACAGCUCACUGGGCUUGAAUCCGACCACAAGCUGUACCUGCCUGUCUUGAAGUUGGUUGAGAAGGUUCAAUCAGAAUCAAAGUAG